AUGGGCUCAUUUUUACCUCAAACCCAGCCUAAGCUCUCGUCGCCGGUCUUCGAGAGUGAUGCUGACGAGAACAGCAAGCAUGAUCUCGACACACUCGAAGGCAGGCAAGCUUUCAUCAACGAGAUGAUGAUGCGUAUCCGGGAGGACUUCCCUUUUUACCUUGGGCCGGCUUUCGCUCAUCUCGACACAAUCAUGGCCGGCACUGAGUCCCUGGAUAGCGAAACGACUGAUGACGACUCGACCGACGAGGACUCGACCGACGAAGUUGACGGCCAGUCAGUUCCGGAUGUUGAUUAUCAAAUCAAUGGUGCUGACCUCUUCGAACCCGAAUGCCCCGAAAGAGGACCUGGAUGCCUCGCCUGCCAACUAUAUUCGGAGGAUGCCGACGGAAGCUGCUCUCAGUCAGGCCCGGAGCUUGAUGAAAAACUCUGUGAUGGUGACUUCGAGCCUGAAUGCCCCGAGAUUGGCCCCGGACGCCUGGCCCGCCAACGUUAUCCGCAUGAUAUCAACGACCUUGCUUGGGAAGUCCAAACUGAGUCGGACACACAACGCAGCACUAGCGACACUAUCGAAGAAGUGCCGUGUAGUGUUCAAGAGCAUCGGGACCCGUGA